AUGCUGGUGCCGGAUUGCACUUCAGAGUCUGGUAGUUUCAGCAAUCUGUUUGAGGCAGGAACCGGUGUGAACGCACCUGCAGAUGCCUUUGGUCAGUCUCCAGCUCACUUGGCUGCUUGUGGCGGUGAAGCUUUUUUCCUACUUUGGCAACUGCAGACAGGAGCGAAUUUGAACCAACAGGAUUGCCUUGGAGAAGCCCCGAUUCAUAAAGCAGCAAAAGUUGGGAGCUUGAAAUGUCUUGCUCUCCUUGUUGCUGGCGAUGCCAAAAUUGACUUGUGCAACAACAGUGGACAAACAGCAGCGGACCUGGCGCUAGCUUAUGGCUUUCUGGAAUGUGCCAAGUUCCUCACGACAAUUCAGCACACUCAGACAAUGAAACUGAGAGGAGGGUCUGGCUACUCGCUAAGCGACAAACGGGGCUUGCUGAGAGAGGAUCCAGCUGCACAGAAACAAGAAAGUGAAACCAGCAGAUCCAUAAGCAGGAAGAGGAGAAGAUCAGAUGGUGUGUAA